CACGCCUUAUUCUUCACUUGUGAUAAUAUAUAUACACACCCUCAUAACCUUUUCCUACACUCACUCUUCACCAAAUUCUUUACUCUCUUCUCACCCCAAAAAUAACAAACCCCUAAAAGAACAAGAAAAAGGAGAUCUUAUUAUAGCUUUGCUUUCUCAACUUCACUCAAAGAUUUACACAUACACACACACAAAAGAAAGAGAAGAAAAUGGCCUUAGAAGCUCUCAAUUCUCCAACCACGGCUAACCCAUUCUCCACCUACAACCAAGACGCCGAGACUCUCCAAUUCCACGAGCCAUGGAUCAAGCGCAAGCGCUCCAAGCGCCCACGUCUCGAACAAGACCACCCUUCGCCGCCAUCCGAAGAAGAGUACCUUGCUCUCUGCCUAAUCAUGCUCGCUCGUAGCGGUGGUUCCGCCACCUCUUCCCCGCCUGCCAACUCCUCAUCUUCCGCUCAGGGACCCGCUCACGAUGGUGGAGCUCAUCGCCUACCUCCGCAGCCGCCAUCUCUGAAGCUUUCUUACAAGUGCAGCGUAUGUAACAAGGCUUUUACUUCUUACCAGGCCCUCGGCGGCCAUAAGGCUAGCCACCGUAAAUCAUCCAACUCCUCCUCUGAUGGCGCCGCCACCGCCGCCGCUGAUAACGUUUCCACGACUACUGUUUCUACAACUGUCCCAGCUUCCAGUGGUAGGACCCACGAGUGCUCCAUCUGCCACAAGACCUUCCCCACCGGACAGGCUUUGGGCGGUCACAAGCGGUGCCACUAUGACGGUGGAAGUGGAAAUAGUGCCUCUGGGGGUGGCGUUACGUCAUCUGAAGGUGCCGCUUCGAGCAUGAGCCACAGCCACAGCCAUAACCAGAGUCAGAUCAGUCAACGGGGUUUCGACCUUAAUAUGCCGGCUUUGCCGGAAUUCUGGCCUGGUUUUACAAUUGAAGUGAACAACAAGAAAAGUCAACUUUCCGGCAUCGACCAAGAGGUGGAGAGCCCCUUGCCGAUGAAGAAACCACGGUUGUCGAAUCUGGAAGACUUCGGUGUUUCACGGAACUGAAUUGAUUCAUCUUAGGAUUUACAUGAUUAUCAUUCUUGAAGAAAUCUUUUUAGUAUUAUUAUUUUGUUUGUCUGUACAGAAGAUUUGUUCAUUGUUUGUGAAACUUCUUACUUUAGUCUAUUAUUCUUGAUUUUUACAUAUAAUUCAAUUCAUCCAGAUUUUCGUAAA